GUAGACGUAUGAUAUACUUAAUAAAUAUAUGUUAUAAAACAUAUAUCACUCAUGCCUUGUCAGGAUAUACUUGUUUUAACGAAACAUAAUAUAGAGUGUGUGGACGUCAAAUUAAGAACUACGAUGACACAACAGAAGGUGGUAGACUCGAUAGAAAUCCCAAUCCUCACAAGAUGCUGCUUCUGCUUCCCACUACGAAAAGGACUGAUCGCCUUCGCAUAUGGAAACCUGAUCCUGACACUAGUAGUGACAGGUUUCCUGUCAUUCUACAUCUCGUACCUGAGGAAUGAGGGCAUCACAGACCCUUCGGAGUUUCCCCGCCUCAUAGCAGACACCACAGCUUUGGUGAUGGAGACAGUUAUGACUGUGGCAUUCAUCGUGGCGUUACAUAAGAAACACGUGAUCCUGAUGAAGGUGUACCUGUACUUCGAGAUCGUAUUCUCCAUCAUCGGGUUCGCAUACAGCCUGGCGUUUAUGACCAAGGAGACUGCCAGCGAGCUGUUUCUCAUACUCUUCCAACUCAUGCUUCAGAUCUACCUAGUGAUCCUAAUUUGGAGCUCAAUCGUCAAGAUGGAGCGAGACGGCACCGUCAAGUACACGAGAGAAAGAGAUCCUGCCUAAUCUGCUCUUAAGUUAUAUUUUCCAUCUCUUUCCUUCCAUAUGAUAAAGAAACAGACACAUUUACAAACUUUAAUUUUACAGAGCCUGUAUCAUGAGACUAUGAAUUUUUAGAAUUAGUUUUACUCAAUAGCAAAAACGUCAUGACAAAAGAUGAUGUUCGUUGCUUGGAGAAAGUAAGCAGCUCUCCUAAACUGUUACUUUCUAGAAUCAAAAAUAAAGCCUGAACAGGAAUAUAGGACUACGCGCCAUGUUGCGGAAUUUCAUUGGAAUUAUUUUCUUCAUACUAUACUGAACUGUCACCAUGCGCGGGUCCAGGGGGGGGG